AUGGGCAUCUUGGCGUUCGAGGUGGCAGGGCUGAUGCACCGGGUCCUGGAUCUCUGGAGCCAAUUGGAGCCCGGACACGUGGCAGAGCUGAGGCAGCAGCUGCAGAGUGAGAACCUGGAGCGGCUGGGAGUGGGCGAUUUCACCUUCCGGUGGCGCAUGGCAGGCCUGGAGUAUUCCAACGAGCUGCUGCUGCUGACAGCUGGCGUGGCGGCAUUGGCUCGGCAGAGUGGGGGGGCGGUGGGGGGGCAGGUGCAGCAGGUGCUGCGGGCGCAUGCGAGGAGGCGGGAGAAGAGAGAGAAGGCCGGGGGGAAGGCAGAGGCGGAUGAAGUGAUGAGGGGAGAAGGGGGGGUAAAGGGGAAAGUGAAUGUUGGGGGGGCGGUGUGGGGUCAGGUGCAGCAGGUGCUGAGGGCGCAUGCAAGGAGGAGGGAGGAGAGAGAAAAGGUUGUGGGGAAGGCAGAGACGGAUGAAGUGAUGAGGUUUCUGCGAGACCAUCUGGGGCCAACAGGCAUUCUGAAGCGAGAAAUGGAAGCACUGGAUGAAGCCAUUGCCAGCACGUCAUCUGACGGCGAUGCAUACUCGUUUGAGGACAUGCGGCCCACACAGACUUACCCUGAGGAGUACUUUGUGACCCAGGGGCAGAAGGUGCAGCAGCUGCAGAGGAGCUCCCUGUGGUCGCACAGCCUCGAGAGAAUGGCCAAGACCCUGGCGGUGGCGGUCGGCAUUCUUUGGCAGCAUCUGAGGGAGGUGUAUGGGUGGCCGGAUCCCAUAGGGCCAGACGACCUGGAGGGCACAGUGGGGCAGGCGGGGCUGCCCAUGCUGUAUGCGCGUGUGCUGGCUGCUGUCAGCCAGUUGGCUGUCACCAUGCCCGGCACACCUGCUUUUACGGACAAGAGGCAAGCGGGGCUGCCCUGCCCAGCCCAUGCUGUAUGUGCGUGUGCUGGCUGCUGUCAGUCAGCUGGCUGUCACCAUGCCUGGCACACCCGCUUUCACCUACAAGAGCUGAGCGGAAAGGCAGUAGUUGGAUCCCGUAUUAUCCGCUUUGGUGACCUGGAGGGCACGGUGGGGCAGGCGGGGCUGCCCAUGCUGUACGCGCGUGUGCUGGCGGCUGCCACCAUGCCCGGCACACCUGGUUUCGCAAACAAGUGGUUCGAUCUCCAAGAAGCACCCUCAGGUCGUCUCUUCCCGUCCACCUCCCACGCUCCGCCCUCUCUCCCUUCCCCCAAACACCCACCCAGGAAGGACCUCUAUCUCAUACUCCCCACAUUCAUUCGCCACCAGCUGCACUCCCGCCUGCGUGUCUCCCGGCGCCGCCCGCUGGACGAGGUGCUGCUGGGGGAGCUGCGCCAGCUGGCAGCGCAGAUGUUCUGCUGGCUCAUGCCCUUCUCUCAAGCCACGCUGCAGUGGGUCAACGAUCGCUCUCACAGUGCCAGGGUGGCGGGGCGACAGAGAGUGCUGCUCGUGCAGGUAGGUGUGCGCAUAGGAGGGACAUGGGAGGGGCCACAGGUGGCCAGCUGGCAGCGCAGAUGUUCUGCUGGCUCAUGCCCUUCAGCCAGGCCACCCUGCAGUGGGUCAAUGAUCGCUCUCACAGUGCCAGGGUGGCGGGGCGACAGCGCGUGCUGCUGGUGCAGGUGGGUUGUUCUCUGCUGCUGGUGGGUUUCCUACCGUUGCAGACCUUCCAUUUCACCAACAAGGUUUUGUUUUUUCUUUCCUCGCAUAACGCCUCCUCUCUUUCCCUCCACUCCCUCUGCUCCCGCUGCAGACCCUCCAUUUUGCCAACAAGGAAUCGUGUCAAACCCAUUCUCAUCAAGCUCCUCUUCCCACCCCUCCUCUCUUCCUAUUCUCCUUCCUCCGCUUCUGUCAUCUCUCUCUCUUCCCCUGCACCCCCCACCGCAGACCCUCCAUUUCGCCAACAAGGAUCGGUUCGAGGCCAUUCUAAUCGAGCUGCUCUCCUCGCUCUCUCUCGUCAUCGCUGCUUCCACCCCUCCUCCUCCUCCCCCGCCCGUCCGCGCCCGCCCCUCCAAGCCUCCCUCCCUCGCCCGAGCCUCCAGCACCUCCCAAGCCCCUUCCCGAGCCAAGGCCUUUGGUUUGGGGUCGACAGCUUCGUACUCUAGCCGCCGCCGUAGCUCCCCUGCCCCUGUAUCAUCCGGCUCUCCCCUUGAUAACUUCGACCCUGAAGCAGCACUGGCAGAGGGAGCAGCAGAAGCAGCGGCAGCAGCAGCGGCAGCAGCAGCAGCAGGAGAAGGAGGAAGGUCCGUGCCCUCUCGCAUCGCAAUGCCUUGUGCUGCCUCUGCUGCUGAAGUGCUUGACGCUCCCACCUCCUCCAUCUCCCCUCCUCCCUCUGCCGCUGCUGUGGCUGCUGCAUCUGCUGAGUCCUCCUCUCACCUGACUGCAGCAGCAGCCAGCACAGCAGCAGGGCAGCCGAAGCAGCAGCGCAGAGCAGGUGGUGCUGCUGUGUCCACUGCUGCUCCCUCCGCUGCUCCCUCCGCUGCUGCUGCUGCUGCUGCUGCUGCUGGCAGUCCAGUUGAUGAGCACGCAGCCUUCCUGUCAGCCCUCCCGCGUCGCAGGCAAACCCAUGCCGACAUCGCAGCAGCUGCCAUUGCCGCUGUCGACGCCGACGCAGCUGCAGCUGCUGGAUCAGCUGGUGCCUCUUCCACUCCUCCCAAGCCCACAGCAGCAGGCAAGCCUCCUAUGCGCAGGCGGGGGCGGCACUCGCGCUCUCUCUCUAUGUCCGAUAUCAUGCCCUCCCCCUCCUCCCUCACAUGGCUUGUCGAUGACUCUGCAGCUGCUGGCAAUGGUCCAGCAGGGGGAGGGGGAGGGGGGAUGGGAGGAGGGGCGGACAGUCUGCCCAAGUUUCUGGAGGAGUUGGCGCAGCAUGGGUUUGUGGUGUCGGCGUUUGACCGCAGCGAAGGCCGUGUGCUGCACCAAGCAGCGCCACUCUCCUCUGCUCUUGCCGCUCCCGCACACCCCUCCUCCUCCUCCUCGCUCUUCCACAACCCUCCCGGCCGUUUGUUCUCUCCAGACGGGCUGGGUAGAGCCAGUGGAGAAGAGGGGAAGAGGGGAGGGACGGAGGGUAGGAAUGACAAGGACAUGUCGCCUCUUGACCGGCUGUUGGCUCGCAUGCCCCCUCCCCGGCGGUUACAACGGUCAACCACACCGCCUGGUACCCGCAUCGAGAGAGCUAUGUCACCACUGUCGGACAGGCGGCGAGAGAGUGGGAGUGCAGCGAAUGGGACUGGUGGGGUUGGUGAUGGGGGGAGUGGCAGGAGUGGCAGUAGUAGGUUUAGCAGCAGCAGCAGUGUUGCUAUGGAGGGUGCAGAGGGGGGUUGUGACAGGAGAGGGAGUGAAUGUGGCAGUGGGAAUGGGAUAGUGAGUGAGGAUAAGAAAGGUCUUAAUGAGAGAAUGGGGGGUGAGUCAAGUCAGUCGUGUGAGUCGACUCACAAGUCCCAAGAGGGUGCUGUUGCUUCUGCAGCGCCUAAAAAAGACAAGUUUGGCAAUCCACUACCACCACAGGAUGCCUUGGCUGUUGGCUGA